GUGACACUUUUGGGUCCCGGCGUGCAACGCGCGCCUCCCGGGGAGGCGGAGUAGUGGAGAGGGCUGCCGGGAAGGCGGAAGUGCGAGAAUUUCCGGUCGCCGUGAGUGUUCGGACUGAGAGUGUGUGAUCUUUUUCAGAUAAAAUAUGGCUAAAAGCUUGCGGAGUAAGUGGAAAAGGAAGAUGCGUGCUGAAAAGAGAAAAAAGAAUGCCCCAAAGGAGCUUAGCAGACUUAAAAGUAUUCUUAAAGUAGAUAGUGAUGUUUUAAUGAAAGAUGUUCAAGAGAUAGCCACUGUGGUGGUUCCCAGACAUUGUGAAGAGAAAACCCAAUGCGUGGUGAAAGAUGAAAAAGAUGACAUGAAAAUGGAGACCGAUAUUAAGAGAAACAAAAAGAGUCUUCUAGACCAGCAUGGACAGUACCCCAUAUGGAUGAAUCAGAGGCAAAGGAAAAGGCUGAAGGCAAAGCGAGAGAAAGGGAAAGGGAAGAACAAAGCAAAAGCAGUGAAGGCAGCAAAGGGUUUGGCCUGGUAGACUCUUAAAAACUUGAAAAAUGCCACAUGGGACAGAUCUUUGAUUAGAAUGUAUACACUGAUUUCAGCUUCCACUAAAUGAAAACUUUGUUUUCAUAUUUCAGUUUGGCCUUUUUCUUCAAUUCAAACCCAGCAUAACUCCUCAAAUUUAUUUUGGGAACUUGAAUAAAAUAUUUUCUUCCAUGAAAGAAAGCUAUACUGAUAUUUUAAUUGGAUGCUAUCCAAUAUGCAAGGAUUAUCAGACAUCAAAAUUCUAUCAGAUGUUAAUGUGAUUGGUCUUCAUAAAGAGAAAUUAUAUUGUCAAAUUCAAGCUAACUCAGAUUUAAAGAAAACUUAUGUUAUUUUAAAAUAUAAGAUCAGUGGAUCUUAUAAGCUGCAUGUUUGGAAUUUCGAAUUUGUAUAAAUAGAAUAAAAGGUACUUUGUCUAGA